AUGGGAUCAUCAGGCGUCUUCGCAAAGACAAUCCUAAUACCAGCCCUAAUAGCCCUAACAAUCUACCUCCUAACAACCUGCCUAAUCCUCCCCCUCUUCCGACGCUACCACACCCGCUACAGCCAAUACCUCCCACUACACAACAUAUCAGCGCACACUCUCUCCCUCCGAGACCGGAUAGCCGACAAGCUAAUGCGCUUCUUUCUCCGUUCGCGGGGGGCGCAUCACAUGCACCACGAAGAUGACAAUAUCAGUAUUGAUGAUGAGGAGGGGGAGAUUCUGGUGAGGAUGGAGAUGGAUGCUGCUAGACGGGAGGUUUUGGAGGGGAGACGUGGGGAUGGGACUGAGAGGAGGUUGAGUCGGGAGUUGGAGGUGGGUUUUAUGGACGAUAGUGAGAGUGAUGAGGAGAGGAGUGGGAAUGGGAAUGGGAUUGGGAGGCGUUGA